CAGCAGCAGCAGCAGCAGCAGCAGGGAGAGGAAUUGGAGCAGACACUACCAUCUCAAAUCCAACUACAGGAGGCCCAAGAGCUGCUGUGGCAGGCAUACUACGCAGCAGAGGCUCAGCAGCAGCAGCAGCAGGAAGCAGACAAUCAGAUGCCACAGCAAGUAUUACAGGAGCAAGAGCCGCAUGGCCAGACACAAUUUCAAGAGCCCCGGGAAGUGCAGCAGACUUACAACACGGCAGAGGUUCAGAUUGAGCAUGAGGCACAAGACGAGAUACAGGCCCAGCCGCAGUCGCCAGCGCACUCCUCAGCGCAACCUCCAGACUCCCCGAUGCAUUCAUUGAUAUACUCUCUAAUGCAACAAGUUGAGGCAGUUGCCGAGCAGCCUUCUUCGAAGCCGAUGCUCCCAAAGAACAGUACUCCAAUCACCACAACCUAUGCAGCCUCUCCAGCGCAACCCCCAGUGCAAUCCCCACCUUAUUCCCCGGUGCGCUCAUUAGUAUACUCCCCAGUGCAACAAGUUGAGGAGGCAAUUGUUGAGCAGCCUUCCUCAACGCCCGUGCUCCCAAAGAACAGCACUCAAAUCACCACAACCCAUACAGCCUCACCGGCACACUCACCGGCGCAAUCCCCACCUUACUCUCCGGUGCACUCGUUAGUAUACUCCCUAGUACAGCAAGUUGAGGAGGCAGUUGUCGAGCAGCCCAUGCUCCCAAAGAAUAGUACUCCAAUCACUACAACCCAUACAGCCUCCCCGGUGACCCAUCCAGACAAUCUAGUCACUUUCGUUGGCAUUCCUAUGAAUAUACUCGAGGAGAACGGCCUUUCUACCUCGAUGCCUACGGGCAAACUCAGCUUCGAGGAGCUGCGUCAAAGGGAUCGUGAAAUCCUGCGCAAGGAACAGGAGAUUUGGAUUAAGAUGGUCGGAUUCCCAUCUUAAGUAGUUGCAUAAAUGGCAAUGCAGCAGUAUCAGGAGAAUAGUUGCAGUUAUUGGCUGCUCAGUUCAGUUGAAUGUCCCUGUUAAGUUGGUAUUGGGACCAGGAUUUCUUUUUCCCUUUUUUCCCUUUCCCCCCCUUGUUUUUUUCAUGCUGCAUCAUUCUGCCGAGAGGGUCAUUUCACGAAAUCGGCAUUGAAGAAUAUUGCUACACUCCUGUACUAUAGGUACAUACGACUUACUUGUAUUGUACAAGAGGAGGAAUCAUUGAAUGUACAUAACUCGUGAACAAGUUACUUUCAGAUAUUCAAUGUUCUGUUCUAUAACAUUGAACUUGCAUGCUAAGGUUAACUACCUAGAGGCUACCUAGUAGGGUGGGCCUGGGUGGUAGACAGCCCUGGAGCUAACAGAUAGGUAUUAGGUAAG